GAUAUAGUUAUGGUUAGACAACAUUUCAAAGGUGCUUCUAUUAGUGGAAGUUCUAGAUGGAUGACUAUAAUGAUGAUGAUUAUGGUGAUGACGAAGACGACGACGCCGAUGAUGAUGGUGAUGAUGAUGCUGAUGAUGAUGGUUUAUGUACGUAACUAGUGUCCCAGGGUAGGUUUGAGCCUAGUUUAUAUUAACUAAGCUUAUGUAAUUCAGAUAGAGGACAUGGUCAAGCCACGGUACUCACAGGAUAACUACUGCAAGAGAUUUUAGAUGCCCAGUAACCUAUAUAGAUGGCCAGUGAUGGCAGGCAGUUACCCACAGCAGAGACAAUUCCGAUUCCUAGACGGCGAUGGCUGCUUCAUACAUUACAUGCUCCCUCACCAACGCGGGCCCGCCACAGGGUGGCGCUGGAAUCACGCAGCCCACAGCAGAAGCAAUUUGUUUCCAUGGGUCGCAGCGUGAGCCCCGUAUACAUGGCCAGCGAUGGCAGCCGGUUACUCACAGGAGGAACGUUUACUGCCCGGCGGCCCGUCCCCGUCCCCGUCCACGCGCCGCGGGUGCCGUCGCCGCCGCCGCCGACGACAACGCAGCAGCCGCGGCCGACUGUGGCGCUGGACACGCCGCGGCCCGGCCCGCGCGCGCAGAACGACUACGUAGAGAACCCUACGACACAGCCGACGACAGCAUCGCUAUCCGGCCGAAACGACGCGCGCAAAACAAAGCCGUCUACGACGACGGGUCGACCGAUCGACCCGGCGGCGAUAUACGGCGAUCAUGUGGGCCCGCGGAAGCUGCGCAGCAAGGAGCCCGUGCGCGCACGAGGGACGGUGACGUACGUGCGUCCAGAGACAUGGCGGACGGCACGCACGCUGCCACCGACGACGACGACGACGCAUCGCCGUGGCGACGCGAUCGCCGCGUCGAACGGCCGGACUAAGGACGCGAUUAUCUGCGCGGAGUGCGGGAAGUGCCGGUGCGACGCGUGCGGCGCGGCGCGGCCGCUGCCGUCGACGUGGCUGUGCGACGGCCAGUGCCUGUGUUCGAGCGACGCCGUCGUCGACUACGCGUCGUGCAUGUGCUGCCUGAAGGGUGGCAUGUACCUUUGCUACGGUGAGUCGGACUCGGAGAGCGAGGCGGCGGUCGUGAACGAUCCGUGUGCGUGCGUGCCCGAGCAUCGGUGCGUGCGUUGGACAUGCAUCGGCCUGCUGACUCUCCUCCUACCGUGCCUGUUUUGCUACUGGCCACUGCGGGGCUGCGUGAAACUCUGCGAGAAGGGAUACAAUCAGUGUCACAGGCACGGCUGUGGGUGUCAGCCGCGACCGCACGUGCAGCCACAGGAAUCCCGCGACAAACAUCUAUUGGAAUCUGACUGCUGAUAUUGCUACUAUGUGGUGUGUACAGGAUACAGGCAGCAUCGACUAUGUACAGUUUUUAAAAGCAGUGAACUCUGUGUGUACAGCAUGUUUACCUCAACAGGUGUCGCAGCGUACGUGUAUUAUCCCAAAGUGUUUCAUAUAUUUCACUGUUUUGUCAAAGCAUCUGUAAAAAGACUGUCUGGUAUAUCGUAUACAAACCGACACACACACGCAAGCACGCACGCACGCACGCACGCACGCACGCACAUACACGCGCACGCAUGGACACACGUACACGCACACGCACGCACGCAGACACUCGCAUACACGUGCACGCCCCCACACCAGUGCCGCAUGGCCUUUAAGGUUUUGAUAGCUCAGUCAUCAGUAUUUGUCCCUGUCCAUUUACCUCCUUGGCAAAGUCUGUAAUGAUAGCAGAAAGUUGUAAAUACGAUGACGAAACCCCCUGGAGUGAUAGCUGAAUGAGUUUUUCAAGCUUAUUAUUUCUUGUUGUGAUACCAAAUUUGUAUGCUACCUGCUGUGUAGAUUCAUAUUGUACACAGGUUUUCAGGAAAUCAUGCUCGGAGUUUCGGCAUACAUGUAGGUUUUACUGUACAUGAUUAGUUAGUUGUUUAGCGACAGCAUGCAUUUUGGUCAGGAGAUAGUUUCUCUGUUAUAAGCCUCCACGACCCGCCAACAUCCACUGCCUUAUCGGAAAAAUCACACGACAAACUCCAAGGUUAUAAACAUUUUAUAUGCGUAUCAUUGUAAAAAGUAAUCAAGUUACACUUGAAAUUGUUUACGGUUUACCAGGUCGUCCAGGGACUACAUAGCUUUAGCACAAGAUGUUUAGUUUUAUAUAGUGAAAAACAUGAUAGACCGAAAGUGUUAAUACACAUGUAAAUAGUAGGUGAUUCUGUUUAUGCGUGGAGAGAUAUUUAUUGUUUAACAUCUCAAGUUUAUCGAUAUGUAUUUUAUAUAAAUAUGGUAUAUUUAUUUGUGAAAACGAGUUCAGAAAUUGAGAAGUAUAAAUUAUGAAUAAAAUCGUGCGUAGUAAUUUAAAA